AUGGAGCGCAAAUUGUCUUGCCAAAUUCCUCUCCAUCCUCGUGCUGACACAGAUCACCCCUUUUCACCUCUCAGUGGCUCGAAAACGUAAUAUCUACUCAGGACUCAGCGGCAAACCAAGAAGUUUCAGUCAAACUCCGGUGACCUUUCGAAAAUGCGCAUAAUUCAAACUGACUUGGUCUACAUUAUAAACUUGCCUCCAUCAGUUGCCGAGGAGACAAUUUUGAAAAGUUAUGCCUAUUUUGGCCAAUAUGGAAAUAUUAAAAAAUGUGUUGUAAACAAAGCCAACGCAUACACAAACGGAGCCUCAGGAGUCUCUUUUGGGGCUUAUAUUACAUAUUCGAAUGAAGAAGAAUCCUCACUCUGCAUUAAGGCAUGCAACGAGUUUGUGCUUGAAGGCAAGUCAUUGACAGUUGCGUUUGGGACUACGAAAUACUGCACCUACUUUCUGGAGGGCGUGCCUUGUCCGAAACCAGAAUGUUUGUAUCUUCACAAGCUAGCUCCUCAAUCACAGAUGAUACCGAGAGAUUCAAUGACCCAAGCUAGGAGUGUCCAGCCUAAACACACUUUACUAGACAAACUUAAAAUAAUAGUCGACCCACCUCCUUACGAAAACACAGUUUUGCCAAGAGCAAGAAUAAUACGAGAAAGAGCUAUGACAGAAGCUUUUUCCCCAAAGGUUACCCUAAGACCUAGAGUUUAUUCUAACUCCUCCCUUAAAUAAUUAUAAAAAUAUCCAUUUUUUGAGUAAAGUGGCCCCCUUUUAAUUCUCACUCCCCCCCCCCCCCUCCGUGAGCGAACAAAAAAAUUUUGUUCGCUCACGGAGGGGGGUUAAUUUUUUUUUUUAAAAAAAAUUUAUAUAUAAAUUUUAUAAAAAAUAUUUUUUUCGAAAUUAAAAAAAAUCCUAAUUUGCAAAAAUUGGGAAGCAAAUAUUAAUUUAAUUUGCAAAAUUUAUGUUUUAAAACGCAAUUUGUUUAAAAUUAAACAGAAUUAGCUCUAGAUUUCAUUAUACUAAUUAUCACUUAUAUAUCAAAAUUUUUUUUUUCCAUUAAAAUUUUUUCUAUUAAAAAAAUUUUUGUUCACUCACGGAGGGUGGGUUUUUGGUCAAAAAAUGGCGAUUUUUUCUAAUGGUUUUGUUCGCUCACGGAGGGGGGGGGGGGAGUCAGUAGUAAUGUGAAAAUAAUAAUUUUUAAUAAAUAUAAUGGAGAGAGUGCUAUUUAACAGGCAACAGACUGAAUAGUAAAUUAAUUUUUUAUAAAAAUGUCAGAAAUAUUGUAUUCAAUGUAUUUUUUUAAAUUUUUUUACAUGAAGAAUUUAUAUUAUUUCUGAAGAAAUAAAAUUAAACCCCUUUAAAUUUUAGUAUUUUUGUUCCAAUUUAAAGAUAGAAGUAAAGAUUUUGAAGCUACCCAUAGUAGAUUCCUAUUUUUAAUAAUUUUUUUUAAUAAAAAAUACAUUUUUUUAAAAAAACAAAAACGAAAAUCUUAGUAGAUUCAAUUUUGUUCAAGAAAAAGAAACAGAGGAAUUGCCUUAUGAGCUUCCAAAGUCUGUAAUCGACUUAAUAAGGAACAAUUCCCCCUGCAAAGAAACAGUGGAAGUUUACCCUGACCAAUACAAAGAAAUUUUAUCACCAUCUAGCCCAGACAAGUGGGCUAAUGAUAUAUUACAAGUUGUCGAUAUAAAGACAGAUUUCAAUUUGGACAGCCACGACCAACACAUCUACGUUGUGGCGUCAAAAAUUAAAGCCUAG